CUCGUGCUUUUCACAUAUUCCCUCGCUUGUUUUUCAGACAAAAUGGCAAAAAGUUUGAGAUCAAAAUUCAAGAGAAGAGUUCGUGCUAUCGCCAGAACCAAGAAGGAACCAAAGACGGCAGCUCUUCUUCAGAAAGCAAUCGAUAAACGUGACGAGUACGAAAAACAAGAUGCAGAAAAAACAAAGACCGAUGGAACUGCUAAUGAAGAAAAGAUGGAAGUAACAUCUCAGGCUACAAUCAACACAAAGACCCUCAAAAAGAAGGAUGGUUCAUUCCCAGCAUGGCUCUCUGGAACGCAGAAGAAAAAAGCCGCGAAAAAGAGUAAAGCAAUCAAGAAAGCGAAGAACAAGUCUGGCAAAAACUUCCUAUGAUCUUACUGAUAAACGUACUUGCUGUUUUAUUUUUUUUUGUUCGUUAUUGUUGCCUUGUUGUUCAUGAAAUUUUCAAAAUUUA